AUGCUUCCACUCCUUACUGCCUUACUCAUCUUUUCCUCUAUAAAGCACAAUGAAGCAGAGGAACAGAAAGCCCAACAGAAACUCCAAGAAAACCCCCAGCAACCUAAAUUGGAACAAUUUCCAAGAAUGGGGCUUAAUGCUAGCAAUGAAUCAAAUUCUACGAUCGAAAAUCCAGGUUCUAUCAAUGUUACUGGUGAUGGCUUCUUCAACGGUACAACCACAUCAGAAUCUUAUUACUACACCCUCGUUAAAAAUUCCACAAAAGAUACAGCCGGCGAUCCUUCCUAUACAAUUUUGGUUACAAAGAAGGUUCAAGUUUACUAUCUCACCUAUAUUCAGAACUUCUCAGCAAUUAAAAACACCCAAACACCAACCUCUCCAUACAAAUACGUUUUCUUGCACCCAGGUAUUCUAGUUGGCGCGCUAGGUGGCAUCUUGUUCAUUAUUGGUGCAAUCUACACAUGCUGCUUCAGAAAAUCAGCCUCAAUUAACUACGCUAAUUACCUUAAGAACAACAGGGCCGAAAAGAGCUCAGAUUCCAUGGAUAACCUCAACAAACCUACUAGAGCUCGUUCAGGAACUAAAAGAGGCCGAGAACCCGAGCCCAAAUCCAAACCUUCUCAAAGACCUAAACCUUCAACGAAAGCGAAAGCCUCGAAGAAGCAUAGACAUUAA